CUAACCGAAUUUGCAUAUCUACAUUUCUGUGUUCAACCGCAUGAUUGUAUCAAUGUAAACGUCACAGAGGCAACGUCUUUUCACUCUGACCUUGUACAAUGAGAAAAAGAGCCACAGUAAAGAGCAACUAAAGCUUACUACGACUCACGUCUUCAUUUAUAAGGAAGAGUUUAACUAGUUGUAUAGCUGCAGUUGCUACACUGCAGUGAGGACAACACAGUGAAAAGACGUUAAAGAGCUGGCGUUGUACAUCGUGGUAAGAUGGAAGCUCAACAAAGCGACAAGAUUUCGGUGGCCAGCAAAAGAAGUUCCAGGUCAUCUACGGCAUCAAGUAGCUCAUUAAUACGUGCACGAGCUAAAGCAGAGGCAGCUAGAACACAUCUUGCAUUCGCUGAACAAGAAGCCAAAGCUAAAAUAGAGAGGGCUGCUAAGGAGGCAGAGCACCAGAAAGAAAAGGCUGACAGAGAAGCUACAUAUCAGCUGGAAAAGGCAAAGAAAGAUGUCGAGCUAGAAGCGCUCACCAUUCGCAGAGAGGCAGCAAUGGCUGAGGCUGAAGCAGCUGUGUGGGAAGCAGCAGACGGUAUGGAAAAUUAUAUGCUGGUAGAUGAAGUAGGCCCAUCAGAAGAGGAUAAAAUGAGACGGACAAAAGAAUACAUUACGUCUCACUUCGACCCGCACUCAUAUAAAGGCCAUCCUUCUACCGACCCCCCAGCUCAGCCUGCCAUUAAAGCUACCCAGUCAACAUGUCAGCCUCCUGAUCUAUAUGUCCCACCAGGGGUUAAGAUAGAAAACCAGGCUCCGCAUGGAGAAUCUGACCAACAGAGAGGCUCAAAGGUGAACCACACCGACUCGAACAGGUCAGCACAGCCCUUCUAUCCCCAGAGAGCACCGACAGCUCCCUACACUGGACCCAUGGUCGAACACCUGGCGCAGUAUUUGGCUCGACGGGACCUGGUGAGUUCAAGUUUAUAUCAGUUUGACGAUCAGCCUGAACAUUAUCGUGCUUGGCAGUCGUCAUACAUCAGCGCCACUCAAGGGCUAGGCCUCACAGCUACUGAGGAAUUGGACUUAAUGACAAAAUGGCUUGGUAAAGAAUCUGGCAACCACGUCAAACGUCUACGGUCAGUGUACAUAACAAACCCAGUCAUAGCACUCACAAAGGCCUGGGAACGCCUCCAGGAAUGUUAUGCAGCAUCUGAAAUAAUUGAAAAAGCUCUUUUCGACCGGCUCGAUAAUUUCCCAAGAGUCUCAGCAAAAGAACAGACGAAGCUACGGGAACUAGCAGACUUGUUAAUGGAAGUGCAGUGAGCCAAGGAGGAUGGCUACCUCCCAGCUCUCUCCUACCUGGAUACCGCACGCGGCAUUGAACCCAUAGUUGGGAAACUGCCCUAU